AUGGUGGCAGCAGGCCGCAUGGCGCUCCUGCUGCUGGGCUGCGCGGGGCUACUGCGGGGCUCCGACACUCGCCCCCUGCUCUACUGCCCCCCCGGCUGGUCCUACUACAAGCUCAGCUGCUUCAAGCACUUUGCGCAGAUGCGCAGCUGGGACGAGGCGGAGGCGCAGUGCCAGGCCAGCCAGCCCGGCGCCCACCUCGCCUGGGUGCAGGAGCCGCGCGAGGCGGCCACCAUGAGGAAGGUGCUCUCCUCCUACCAGCGCACGCAGCCCGUGUGGAUCGGCCUCCGCCUCGGGCUCCAGGGCCGAGGCUGGCGCUGGGUCAACGGCGCCGAGUACAGCGGGGCCAGCGGCAUCGCCAGGAGCGGCGCCGGCAGCGGCGCCUGUGCUGCGCUGCCCAACGUGGGCGGCUUCACCCGCUGGACUGGCACCGACUGCGCCCAGCGGCACUAUUUCCUCUGCAAGGUGGUGCCUGUGCUCUGA